GGGGGGCAAAGUUUAAGAUAAGGCUCUGGGAUCUGCUGAGGCGUGAAGAUGAACGAGAAUCAGGAGUUGGAUUAUAUGUUUGUCAAAUUUGCUCGGGUGUGGAUCCCUGAUGCAGAUGAGGUGUGGAAGUCAGCAGAGCUCACUAAGAACUACAAACAUGGAGAUUCCACCCUACACCUCACACUGGAGGAUGGAAUGGACAUUGAGCACAAGCUGGAUGAUAAGACAAAGAACCUUCCUCACCUCCGGAACCCUGACAUCCUGGUGGGGGAGAAUGACCUCACAGCUCUUAGCUACCUCCACGAGCCGGCCGUCCUGCACAACCUUAAAGUCCGCUUCACCGACUCCAAACUCAUCUACACAUACUGUGGUAUUGUGCUGGUGGCCAUUAAUCCCUAUGAGAACCUUCCCAUCUACGGUAGUGACAUCAUCAAUGCGUACAGUGGCCAGAACAUGGGAGACAUGGACCCUCACAUCUUCGCUGUGGCUGAGGAAGCUUACAAACAGAUGGCCAGAGAUGAGAGGAACCAGUCUAUAAUCGUAAGCGGUGAGUCGGGAGCAGGGAAGACUGUCUCAGCUAAAUACGCCAUGCGCUACUUUGCUACGGUCAGUGGAGCAGCCACAGAGGCCAACGUAGAGGAGAAGGUCCUCGCAUCCAACCCCAUCAUGGAGGCGAUAGGAAACGCUAAGACGACUCGUAACGACAACAGCAGUCGUUUCGGGAAGUACAUUGAGAUCGGCUUCGACAAACGCUACCGUAUCAUUGGAGCUAACAUGAGGACAUAUCUACUGGAGAAGUCUAGAGUGGUGUUUCAGGCGGACGAGGAGAGGAACUAUCAUAUCUUCUACCAGCUGUGUGCGUCCUCCCAUCUACCAGAGUUCAAGAAUCUGAAGCUAGGUAGUGCUGAUGUCUUCCACUGCACCAAUCAGGGCCGGAACCCGGUCAUCGAUGGAGUCGACGAUGCUAAAGAGAUGUGCACAACACAACAUGCCUUCUCACUGCUAGGCAUCAACGAGUUGAACCAGAAGGGGCUGUUCCAGGUCCUGGCUGCCAUCUUACAUCUGGGCAACGUGGAGAUCAAGGACCGAGACUCUGACAGCAGCAUCAUACCUCCCAAUAACCGCCACCUGACAGUGUUCUGUGAGCUGAUGGGCGUGACCUACCAGGACAUGUCUCAUUGGCUGUGCCACAAGAAGCUGAAGACAGCCCAGGAGACCUACAUCAAGCCCAUCCCUCGGCUGCAAGCCUCCAAUGCCCGUGACGCGCUCGCCAAACACAUCUACGCCAAAGUCUUCAACUGGAUCGUGGACCAUGUCAACAAAUCUCUACGCGCCACCGUCAAACAGCACUCCUUCAUAGGAGUCCUGGAUAUCUAUGGGUUUGAGACGUUUGAGAUCAACAGUUUUGAACAGUUCUGUAUCAACUAUGCUAACGAGAAACUGCAACAGCAGUUUAACAUGCAUGUGUUCAAGCUGGAGCAGGAGGAGUAUUUGAAGGAGCAGAUUCCCUGGACUCUGAUAGACUUCUAUGAUAACCAGCCAUGUAUCAACCUCAUAGAGGCCAAGAUGGGGGUACUCGACCUGCUGGACGAAGAGUGCAAGAUGCCUAAAGGUUCAGAUGACUCGUGGGCCCAGAAGCUGUAUAACACCCAUCUGAAGACCUGCUCUCUGUUUGAGAAACCUCGCAUGUCCAACAAAGCCUUCAUCAUACAGCACUUCGCUGACAAGGUGCAGUACCAGUGUGAUGGCUUUCUGGAGAAGAACAAGGACACAGUGAAUGAAGAGCAGAUCAAUGUCCUGAAGGCCAGCAAGUUGGACCUGCUAGUGGAGCUGUUUCAGGAUGAGGAGAAAGUGACCAGUCCAACAGGGACCGCUCCAGGAGGUCGAACACGACUCAGCGUCAAACCAAAAGAGGUCAGAUCUGGAGCAAGCAGCAAGGAGCACAAGAAGACUGUUGGCUGCCAGUUCCGGAACUCUCUGGCUAUGUUGAUGGAGACUCUGAAUGCGACCACUCCUCACUAUGUUCGCUGCAUCAAGCCCAACGACCUCAAGUUCCCCUUCACGUUUGACCCUAAGCGAGCGGUGCAGCAGCUCAGAGCCUGUGGUGUUCUGGAGACCAUCCGCAUCUCAGCCGCAGGCUUCCCAUCCAGAUGGACCUACCAGGAGUUCUUCAGUCGUUACCGGGUUCUGAUGAAGCAGAAAGACGUCCUGUCGGACAGGAGGCUGACCUGUAGGAACGUCCUGGAGAAACUGGUGCAGGACCAGGACAAGUACCAGUUUGGUAAGACUAAGAUCUUCUUCAGGGCUGGUCAGGUUGCCUACCUUGAGAAGCUGAGGGCUGAUAAGCUGAGGAAGGCGUGCGUCCGUAUCCAGAAGACCAUCCGCUGCUGGCUGGUACGCAAGAAGUACCUCCGAAAGAAGCAUGCUGCCAUCACCAUCCAGAGAUACACCCGUGGACACCAGGCCCGCUGUCUGGUUAAGUACAUGCGUCAGACCCUGGCAGCCAUCACUAUCCAGAAGUUCCAGAGGAUGUGUGUCCAGAGGAAAGUGUACCUACAGAAGCAGGCUGCUGCUCUGGUCAUGCAGACUAUCCUCAGAGCGUACAUGGCCCGACAGAAAUACCAAGGGUUGCUGCGUAACCACAAAGCUGUGUUCAUCCAGAAACAUGUGCGUGGCUGGCUGGCCAGACAGCGGUACAAGCGCUCCCUGCGAGCCAUCGUCUAUCUGCAGUGCUGCAUCAGGAGGAUGAAGGCCAAGAAAGAGCUGAAGAAGCUGAAAAUCGAGGCCCGCUCCGUUGAACAUUUCAAGAAACUUAACGUUGGCAUGGAGAAUAAGAUCAUGCAGCUGCAGAGGAAGUUAGACGAACAGGCUAAAGACAACCGUGUGACCAGCGAGCGGCUGAACUGUCUGGAGACGUCCCACGCGGUGGAGAGUGAGAAGCUGAAGGUAGAGGUGUCUAAGCUGAAGGGGAUAGAAGAGGAAGCCAAGAACAACGCCAACCGUGUCACUUCCCUUCUGGAGCAGCUGGAGAGGCUGAGGAAGGAGCUGACCACCACCCAGAAAGAGAAGAAGACCAUUGAGGACUGGGCUACCAAGUACAGGGAUGAGAUGGAAAAGAUGGUAGCAGAGCUGAAGCAGCAGAAUGGUCUGCUGAAGACCGAGAAAGACGACCUGAACCGAAUGAUCAAGGAACAGAGCCAGCAGAUGACAGAGAAAAUGACUCGUGCAUUAGCGGAGGAGACUCAGCAGUUGGAGAGCGAUCUGAACGAGGAGAGGUCUCGCUACCAGAACCUCCUAACAGAACACCUGAGACUGGAGGAACGCUACGACGACCUCAAGGAAGAAAUCACUCUCUCUGUGAGCGUGCCCAAGCCCGGCCACAGGAGAACAGACUCCACCCACAGCAGCAACGGAUCAGAGUGCACCUACAACUCAGAGUUCGCCGAAUCAGAAGAAAGUUCCCGACAUGGAGAAGAUGUGACCCGGGGCAUGGACACGUCUCUGACUCUGAAGCUGCAGAAGCGCGUAACCGAGCUGGAGCAGGAGAAAUCCUCUCUCCGCAACGAGCUAGAAAACAAGGAGGAGCAGUUCCAGCGGGCUAGAGUCAGGGAUGAUGAGGAGCAUAAGAAAUCACGUGGAGCAGAACUGGAGUACGAGUCUCUCAAGCGCCAGGAGCUGGAUUCCGAGAACAAGAAGUUGAAGCACGACUUGACCGCCAUGAGGCAGAGCCUGCUGGGUAAUGCAGGCGCUGGGGCAGGGGCACCAGGAAGUCCACCCUACAAAGUUCUCAUGGACCAACUGAACUCCUCGUGCGAGGAGCUGGAGGUGCGGAAAGAGGAGGUGCUGAUUCUACGAUCUCAACUGGUCUCACAGAAGGAGGCCAUGCAGCACAAGGAGACGAUGACGGAGCCAGUGCACUAUGCAGAGGAUGUCCAUAAGAUGAAGGACUCUGGUGCAAUCACUCAGGCUUAUCUAGGACUCAAAGAUACCAACAGAUCUCCCAGGUUCUUGCGUAAACCACUAGAAGCCAAUGAGCUCCUAAAUCGGCUCAGACUGUUGGAGGGCCAGAUGCAGCAGCAGCGGCGUAGCUAUGACAACGAGGUGGAGGUGUUGCGAGGGGAGUUACAGAGUGUUAAAGAGGAGAAUAACCGUCAACAACAGCUGCUGGCCCAGAACCUGCAGCUCCCACCAGAGGCACGCAUAGAGGCUAGUCUACAGCAUGAGAUCACACGACUCACCAACGAAAACCUGGAGAUGCUGAGGACUGAGGAUCCAACAGCAUAUCGCAGCGCCAAAGUCAACAUAUUACGACGGAUGGUUGACCUCAUGGAACAGCUGGAGAAGCAGGAUAAAACUAUCCGGAAGCUUAAGAAACAGCUGAAGGUGUUCUCCAAGAAGAUUGGAGAAAUGGGAGCUGGCCAUGUUGAGACUAUAUCUCCGGGUCAGAUGGUUGAAGAGACGGUCCGUCCGGUGAACAUUCCUCGUCGUGAGAAAGACUUCCAGGGAAUGUUGGAGUACAAGAAGGAGGAUGAGCUGAAACUGGUUAAGAACCUCAUACUGGAGUUGAAGCCUCGUGGUGUAGCGGUGAAUCUGAUCCCAGGCCUGCCAGCCUACAUCCUCUUCAUGUGUCUGAGGCAUGCUGACUAUGUCAACGAUGACCAGAAGGUCAGGACGCUGCUCACAUCCACCAUCAACAGCAUCAAGAAGAUACUCAAGAAACGGGGGGAUGACUUUGAGACGGUCUCCUUCUGGCUGUCCAACACCUGCCGCUUCCUACACUGUCUGAAACAGUACAGCGGAGAUGAGUCGUUUAUGAAGCACAACACUCCUAAGCAGAAUGAUCACUGCCUGUCUAACUUUGACCUGGCUGAGUACCGGCAGGUCCUCAGUGACCUGGCCAUUCAGAUCUACCAGCAGCUCAUCAAAUGCAUGGAGAACAUCCUACAGCCCAUGAUUGUCUCUGGUAUGUUGGAGCAUGAGACCAUCCAGGGUGUGUCGGGGGUUAAGCCGACCGGUCUGCGUAAACGGACUUCGAGCAUCGCUGACGAGGGAACCUACACGCUGGAAUCCAUCUUACGCCAGCUCAGCGCUUUCCACUCCACCAUGUGUCAGCACGGCACCGACCCUGAACUCAUCAAACAGGUUGUGAAGCAGCAGUUCUACAUCAUUGGAGCUGUGACUCUCAACAAUCUACUGCUGCGUAAAGACAUGUGCUCCUGGAGCAAAGGCAUGCAGAUCAGGUAUAACGUGAGUCAGCUGGAGGAGUGGCUGCGUGACAAGUCUCUGAUGCUGUGUGGAGCCAAGGAGACUCUGGAGCCUCUGAUUCAGGCUGCUCAGCUGCUGCAAGUCAAGAAGAAGACGGACGAAGACGCCGAGGCCAUCUGCUCCAUGUGCAACAGCCUGUCCACAUCUCAGAUUGUGAAGGUGUUGAACCUGUACACUCCAGUCAACGAGUUUGAAGAGAGGGUGUCUGUUACCUUCAUACGAACCAUACAGACUCGUUUGCGGGACCGCUGUGAGACUCCUCAGCUGUUGAUGGACACUAAGAUCAUCUACCCAGUCACCUUCCCUUUCAACCCCUCCUCUCUGGCCCUGGAGACUAUCCAAAUACCAGGCUCCCUCAACCUAGCCUUCCUUACCCGCGUCUAACACACACACACACACACAUACACAACUAAUAGAUAGGCUAUACAUAUGUACACAUGCAUACACAAAGCAUUCUCUUCCUAACACAUCCAAACACUUACAUAUAGUGCACACACACAUACACGCGCUCAGCUUCCACCCUACGGUAGUCUUUAUAUCAGUAGUUGAAAGCCCAUCCUCCGCGUGUACAAAUGCUCAACUCUAAGAGAAUGCACCGCUACAGGCCACCUUUUCUCCUAUCUUACCCCCUUUUACUAAGCUCCCCACCUACAACCCCAUUUAAGACCUAGUACCGUGUUCCCCCAGUCCUCUUUUCUCCUCUUUGUUCUCUUCUCAAUAGUGUAGUGUUUUCUAGCAGUCCGGUUCUCCCAUAGGAAUGUAUUACGGUACACUUAAGCUAGCUGUCCAGGGCUAGCAUCACAGCUAGCUAGCUCCUUCAGCUAAGCUCAGCUAGCAUCUGUUGUGUUAUGAUAGGAUGCUAGCGCUUCCACAGUUUUCUAGCUAGCAUCAGUUUUGAGUAUAUCGUUAUCAACUCACCCACUGAACACAUUCAAGCCAAGUGCAGUACCCAUUGUCUGUACCAUACUUUUAUACAUAUAUAAAUACAUAUAAAUAUUAAUAUAUAUAUAUAUAUCACGCUAGGGUGUUUUAUUUAUUGCAUUUAUCUCACUCCCUUUCCUAAAAUACGUUUUUCUUUGCAGACAGAAAACAUGGAUACCAUAGACUUGUAGGCUUAUCUCUCUAGCUUUCCAGACCGGAGAGAAGUAUGGCCAUGGAAAGACCACUAAAGUCCUGUAGUAUUAGAAUUAUGUCUACAGCAGAUGAUCUAUGCAGUCUCAUUUAAUUAGCACUAUUUAAUGUAGCUUUUUAUUUGUUUAGCUCAUGAUGUAUUGUGCUUUAAGAUCUCUAUGCCGUUGCUUUGUCCUGCUUUAACCUGCUUCUCUAGUAGAUCUGCACUUCAGCACCACUGCACCAGAGGUUGAAAUAGAGGAUUAGACUGGACCAGAGGUUGAAAUAGAGGAUUAGACUGGACCAGAGGUUGAAAUAGAGGAUUAGACUGGACCAGAGGUUAAAAUAGAGGAUUAGACUGGAACAGAGAUUGAAAUAGAGGAUUAGACUGGAACAGAGAUUGAAAUAGAGGAUUAGACUGGAACAGAGGUUGAAAUAGAGGAUUAGACUGGACCAGAGGUUAAAAUAGAGGAUUAGACUGGAACAGAGAUUGAAAUAGAGGAUUAGACUGGAACAGAGGUUGAAAUAGAGGAUUAGACUGGAACAGAGGUUGAAAUAGAGGAUUAGACUGGAACAGAGGUUGAAAUAGAGGAUUAGACUGGAACAGAGGUUGAAAUAGAGGAUUAGACUGGAACAGAGGUUGAAAUAGAGGAUUAGACUGGAACAGAGGUUGAAAUAGAGGAUUAGACUGGAACAGAGGUUGAAAUAGAGGAUUAGACUGGAACAGAGGUUGAAAUAGAGGAUUAGACUGGAACAGAGGUUGAAAUAGAGGAUUAGACUGGAACAGAGGUUGAAAUAGAGGAUUAGACUGGAACAGAGGUUGAAAUAGAGGAUUCGACUGGAACAGAGGUUGAAAUAGAGGAUUCGACUGGAACAGAGGUUGAAAUAGAGGAUUCGACUGGAACAGAGGUUGAAAUAGAGGAUUCGACUGGAACAGAGGUUGAAAUAGAGGAUUAGAUUGGAACAGAGGUUGAAAUAGAGGAUUAGACUGGAACAGAGGUUGAAAUAGAGGAUUAGAUUGGAACAGAGGUUGAAAUAGAGAGAGGAUUAGACUUGCAGUAGUUGGCUAGACUGGACGAGUAGUUUAGAUGGGUAUGGGUAUAAAACUAUCAGGUUUAGACAGCUUCAGCUACUGUACUUGCUUCUCCACUUUAACUAAGUAGUUUGAUUUCAAAACCACUACAGAGGACUCACUAACUCUAACACACACUAGUGACUGUUGUUAAAAACAGAAGCACGCUGGAUCCUACAUAUCCACUACCACAGUGUUUCCCAAACUAUUGGACCCGGCCCCAUGUGGGGUCGCCUGAUUUUUAAAAAUGGGGUCGGAAAAAAAUACAAUAAAACCGCUCUUUGUUCAUAGAACAAGGGUUACGUCGGUAACCUCCGGUAGCCUCUGUAACCUCCGGUAGCCUCGGUAACCUCCGGUAGCCUCUAGAUACAGUUGUAAUAAACAGAGCAGUUUCUGUUUUCUUCCUACAAAUGUGGCUCUAUCUUUUAAAAGAUACAACAUAUAAUGACCCCAUCAUUGAAAGAUCAGACUCUCAGGAACACGGAUGUGUCUUCUGUUUCCUUCUACAAUGGCCACAAGCCUCAUUAGAACAGAGUGGACAAGACCAGGAACUAAAUCAGAUAAAACAAUAAGUUUACAUUAGCGUUGACGUCACUUUUUUCUACAUGGUGGAGUCGUGAUGUUUUCUGAUAUCAAAAUGGGGCUGCGGACCAAACAGUUAGAACUCCUGCAGUACCAACUACUACAUAUCUACAUGUCCUCACCCCACCACUCUGUCUGCGCCACUCUCUGUACAUUAUGAUGGACAAGAUCUAUAGGUAAUCCUUUCAGUAUUAUAGCCUUGGAAAGGAGGUUGUGUGUUACUAAACCUGGUUACCACUGAGCCAGUCUGUUUUACUGUAGUUGCUCUCAUAAUCCAUCGCAUUUAGACUCAAUAUCAACCAUGUCUUGAAUGUUUUCCCCUACAGCCUGUAUGAUAAUGCUGCCUUGCCAGCUUUACUCCAGAAACUAAAUCACUUCUUUGUAGACAAACUAUUACAUGCCCUGGCUACAGUCUCUACCCUACCCUACUCUAACUCUUACCCCCUUCUUUCAUUCCCUACUAACCUACUCUAACCCCCUUCUUUCAUUCCCUACUAACCUACUCUAACCCCCUUCUUUCAUUCCCUACUAACCUACUCUACCUCUUACCCCCUUAUUUCAUUCCCUACUAACCUACUCUAACAACUCCUUCACUGUCUCCCCAACCCCCUCUUCACUGUCUCCCCAACCCCUCUUCACUGUCUCCCUCUUCACUGUCUCCCCUACCCCCUCUUCACUGUCUCCCCAACCCCCUCUUCACUGUCUCCCCUACCCCCUCUUCACUGUCUCCCCAACCCCUCUUCACUGUCUCCCCAACCCCUUCUUCACUGUCUCCCCAACCCCUUCUUCACUGUCUCCCCAACCCCUUCUUCACUGUCUCCCAACCCCUUCUUCACUGUCUCCCCAACCCCCUCUUUACUGUCUCCCCAACCCCCUCUUCACCGUGUCCCAACAUCAGCCAAGUCUGUUUUCAUGGCUCUACUUUUAGAGAAAGCAGCCAUGUUUUUACUCUGCACCAGAUAGUGACCAGGAGAGGGCGACAUUGGACACUAGGUCACAUGACUGUGGCUUCUCUAAAACCAGACGUUCUGCCAGAUGUUCUAUAGAAUCAAAGAAGAUAUACUAACAUUCUAUUCACUACCACUCAGGCCUUUCUAACCUCUCUGACUGGUCAACCGCUGAGGGACAGAAAGGAUAGAACUACAUUUCUCAUCACCGUUGCCUCUCUUCCUUACUUGUGCCAUCAGUGUUCACCCAUACCCUAACUGCUCAUCAACCAUCAACUUUAUUUAACCAUCAACCUUAUUGUUUAAUCUUCAACCUUAUUUUACCGUGACCUUUAUUUGCCUCCCAACCCUGACCCUUUGAAUGUUGUUCCCUGACCUAUAGAGAAACGCGACUCAGAAAAUCAUAUUAUUAUUACUAUCAUUGAUGUAGGAGUCAAGUUCAUGUUUAAACUUGUUUUGUGGUGCAAUUUGAUUAAUAAUCAUAUAUUUAUUAUUGGGACCAUCAUGAGUGUAUUGUAUAAAAAUUAAAAAUGGCCUUUUUGUUACAUUUUUGCAGCGUUGCAUUUUAAUGAAGGAUUUUUAGGAUGAAGUUUUAGGUUGUUCAACAUGUGUAUAGUGAUACCAGAUCUAAAAUGCAUAUCUGCAUCUUGGACGAUACUGGAAAACGAUACUGAAAUAGUGCAGGUUUUACCCUUGUGAAUGUUUUAGCUGUUAUUGAUCAUACAUAUAGGAUAACUUCGUUGUUACUCAUGUUUGGGACAAAGCCUUACAUAUGAUUUUAAAAACAUAUCAUCUCCUGUCUUUGUCUGUGUCUGUCUGUUACACGACUACUGUUUUAAAAAGUAGCAUUAUUAUUGAAUGUUUUGACAAGUUGUCCUUAGAUCUUAUUUCAGAGGCUGGGAUGGAAGGAUAGUUUUGACAAGUUGUCCUUAGAUCUUAUUUCAGAGACUGGGAUGGAAGGAUUGUUUUGACAAGUUGUCCUUAGAUCUUAUUUCAGAGGCUGGGAUGGAAGGAUAGUUUUGACAAGUUGUCCUUAGAUCUUAUUUCAGAGGCUGGGAUGGAAGGAUUGUUUUGACAAGUUGUCCUUAGAUCUUAUUUCAGAGGCUGGGAUGGAAGGAUUGUUUUGACAAGUUGUCCUUAGAUCUUAUUUCAGAGGCUGGGAUGGAAGGAUUGUUUUGACAAGUUGUCCUUAGAUCUUAUUUCAGAGGCUGGGAUGGAAGGAUUGUUUUGACAAGUUGUCCUUAGAUCUUAUUUCAGAGGCUGGGAUGGAAGGAUUGUUUUGCUUUCUGUCUAGUUGCACUUUUUGAAAUAUUUACUGAACAAGUUGAAUAAACGCUGAUAAAGUUAGCUCUGUCUGCCCUUAACCCAUCUGAUAUUCUAAUUUCUUUGAUCAUCAUGUGGUUUAUGCUCCUCAGACAGGUCAUCUAGCUGUAGUCAUUUACACAGUAGAAGGCUAUAGUCUUACUGACUAUCCCAAAUGGUACCAUAUUCACUAGAUAGUGCACAGCUUUUGACCAGGGCCCAUAGGGAAUAGGGCGCCAUUUGGUAUGUACCCUUAGCCCAUUUCUAUGAUUAGCCUUCGUCAAGCAGUGUAGAUGGACCACUCUUCCCGCUCUCCCCUUCCCUUAUAGUUUCCCACUCUGUAUAUGCUGUGUGCCUCAGACAGGCUUGUUCAUGUAGACACUCUGUGGUACGACCGGUCUUCACCUCAUUUGAGAUAUACAUUUUAACAUCUCCAGAUGGUUCUUAAAAUAGAUACUUAAAAUCUCCCUUUUUAUGGUUUUGACAAUUGAGGUCAAUGCUAAAGUAUCACAUCAAGUCAUGACAUCAUCACCAACCGACACAUCUCAUUGAUCUAAUGAUGUUCAGACUUCAUACAGUCCACCUGUGGUAGAGAUGCUGAACUCUGCUCUCUCCUCUCCAUCUCCUGGCUUCUAUUCAAUUAUUUGUCCUCUCUCCUCCCGUGUGUACAGCGGGAGAACUGGACUGUGUGUAUCAUUCCUGGUAGCUGUACUUAGUGAAUAUGUUCACCAUUAACAAACUUGGAAUAAGUUUAAAUUGUCAAACCCUGUAAAAGACAAAUAAAGGAAUUCAGCACUGAAAA